AUGCCACAGCAUUACGCUGCUGGGAGUCCAGCCUUACAGUUCGACCUCGCGGCACCAGCAGGAUGGGCCUAUGCACCCGGCGACACUAUUAUCGGCAACUUGGUUCGAAAAGUACCAAUUGUUACCCCCAAUGCCACCAUAAAACUAUCCUUUAUCGGUCGCGUUAAGGUCAAGAUAACCGUACGGAGAGGAAACAAUAACAGAUCGGUUUAUCGCGACAACUGGCAGCUCGUGGACUUCAACGAGAUGGUCAUCUUUCAGGGACCCUUGCAUCUUGCCGAGGGGAGCAAUGAGUCACUGAGCUGGCCAGUCUCUGUCAAUAUUCCAUAUGAGCCCAUGGAGUACUGCAGACGAAACCAUAGCCAGAAGUGCAGUUUCAUCCCACUCGACAUAGACCAUCCUCUUCACCACAUUUUGCCAGGGUCCUUCUAUUCCGAAACUACAAGAUGGGGGAGUAACCCUAGCUCAUCCGAGAUUGUGGAAUAUUAUCUCCAGGCUCGCCUGGAAUACAAUUUUGGAGGAAACAAAACAUCUCAUGAAGCCAUCCGUCCUAUCACCCUCCGGCACCCAGUCACACAGACUAGUGGUAUACCAAAAAUGAUCAAGCAACCAAGACUCGUCUCCACACACCGACUGCAGUCGGGAAUGGAAGAUACAGACCUGUCGUUCAAGCAGAAUGUACAAAAGUUCUUCUCCUCGUCAAAGGUGCCUGCCUUUCAUUUCGACCUGCUGUUUACCGUCCCGUCGUCCCUUCAACUGGACGACCCAACCCCAAUGCCUCUGCAAUUAGAGAUCAUGCCCAAUCUUGAGAGAACCAGCGACAGCAUCAAGGAUGUUGCGCAAACUAUCCGCAUUAUGAAUAUUGAAGCAUCGCUCCGCGUCAAGACCCAUUGUCUGUCAGCCGGAAACUUUACAGACUCGGUCCACGAUAAUGAAUAUGACACAAAGCUCGGCUUCAACCUACAGAGCAUCAUCGCAGCUCUCGAUCAACCAUUGGUCAUUACCACCGGGAAAGGAAACGCACCCUUAAAUCUCGGCAAUCUGUUCCAACUGACUCUUCAUAAAGCCGGUUUCAAAGCUGGAAACCAAACGUUGCCUUUGGACGCGUGGAGAGGAACCGUCAUCGGGCCAUCUUUCACGACAUAUAAUAUCCAGCAUACUCACACACUGGAGUGGAAGCUUUAUGUAGAUAUUGCAGGAGAGAAGGAGAAAUACAAGAUUUGGGCGCCGGUGGAGAUCAUUGCUCCGGCAUGA